AUGUCAACACUUAGUGAUAGUGAUACCGAGACUGAGGUUGUAUCGAGAAACUUAUGCGGAAUCGUCGACAUAGGCUCAAAUGGCAUUCGUUUUAGUAUAUCUUCUAAGGCCGCGCAUCACGCAAGAAUUAUGCCUUGUGUUUUCAAAGAUAGAGUUGGUCUUUCUUUGUACGAAGUUCAAUAUAACACACAUUCAAAUGUGAAAUGCCCGAUCCCAAGAGAUAUUAUAAAAGAGGUUUGCUCCGCUAUGAAAAGGUUCAAAUUAAUUUGUGAUGAUUUUGGUGUACCUGAAACAAGUGUCAGAGUCAUUGCGACAGAAGCCACCCGCGAUGCUAUUAACGCAGACGAGUUUGUUAAUGCAGUUUACGGUAGCACUGGCUGGAAAGUAGAAGUAUUGGGCCAAGAAGACGAAACCAAAGUUGGUAUAUAUGGUGUCGUUUCUUCAUUCAACACAGUAAGAGGUUUAUAUCUUGAUGUAGCGGGUGGUAGUACUCAAUUGUCGUGGGUAAUAAGCUCCAACGGAGAAGUCAAGCAAUCCAGCAAGCCUGUAUCCCUACCAUAUGGAGCCGGGACUCUUUUGAGGAGGAUGAGAACAGACGAUAAUAGGGCACUUUUUUAUGAAAUUAAAGAAGCAUACAAGGAUGCUAUCGAAAAGAUUGAUAUUCCUCAAGAAAUGAUUGACGAUGCCAAAAAGGAAGGUGGAUUUGACCUUUGGACACGUGGUGGUGGUUUGAGAGGUAUGGGUCAUCUACUUCUUUACCAAUCUGAAGGAUAUCCCAUCCAAACCAUAAUCAAUGGAUACGCCUGUACUUAUGAAGAAUUCUCGUCUAUGUCAGACUAUCUAUUUUUAAAACAAAAAAUACCCGGUUCUUCAAAAGAUCAUAAAAUCUUUAAAGUUUCUGAUAGAAGGGCCUUACAACUUCCUGCUGUCGGUUUAUUCAUGAGUGCUGUCUUUGAGGCAAUCCCUCAGAUUAAAGCCGUACACUUUAGUGAAGGUGGUGUUCGAGAAGGUUCUCUUUACUCUCUUCUUCCAAAAGAAAUCCGUGCACAAGAUCCUUUGCUAAUUGCAUCCCGUCCAUAUGCUCCACUACUUACUGAAAAAUAUUUAUAUUUGUUGAGAACAUCGAUUCCACAAGAAGAUAUACCGGAAAUAGUAAAUGAAAGGAUUGCUCCCGCUUUAUGCAACCUAGCAUUUGUUCACGCCUCUUAUCCGAAAGAGUUACAACCAACAGCUGCGUUACAUGUUGCCACCAGAGGAAUAAUAGCUGGUUGUCAUGGAUUAUCACACAGAGCUAGAGCACUGAUAGGAAUUGCAUUAUGUAGUAGAUGGGGUGGCAAUAUUCCGGCAUCUGAGGAAAAAUACUCUCAAGAAUUAGAACAAGUAGUUUUGCGUGAAGGCGACAAAGCCGAAGCAUUGAGAAUUGUAUGGUGGACAAAAUAUAUUGGUACGAUUAUGUAUGUGAUCUGCGGCGUUCAUCCAGGUGGUAAUAUCAGAGAUAACGUAUUUGAUUUCCAUGUUUCCAAACGUAGCGAGGUCGAAACUAGUUUAAAGGAACUAUUCAUUGAUGAUACUACAACAACAAAAAUAAAAGAAGAAUCCACGCGUAAAAAUCGCGGGUACGAAGUAGUUGUGAGAAUCAGUAAAGAUGAUCUUAAAACGAGUGCUUCGGUACGUUCCAGGAUCAUUACGUUACAAAAGAAAGUACGCAAAUUAUCGAGAGGAAGUGUGGAGAGGGUCAAGAUCGGCGUACAAUUUUAUGAAGAAUAA